UAAAAAUUUAAAUAAUGUUGAUUGAGGAAUUUGUGUCGAAACAUCUUGAUCUACUUGCUGAAGAACAUGCAGCAGAAGUUGAGGAAAAUCGAGCUGGAAAUGCAACUUUAUCUCAGUCUGUUUUAAAACGAAAAGGCUUGUGCAUACCCAAACUGGAAGUGACAGGUGUUAAAACUGGGCUUUAUGGUAGAACUGUUGCAAAGUUUGGGUUGAAAUCGGCAGACAAGUCUUUGCCAUUUAAUGUUUUUAAAACAGGUGACAUUGUUGGUAUCGACCAGGUGCAAUCGGAAACCUCUGGAUCGGGUAUUGUGUCGCAUACAAGCGAUAAACAUAUCUCUGUUGCAUUUGAAGGCAGUGAGAUGAGAGAUACAUUGGACUCUCUUGCUCACAACAGAAAUUCAGUUGCGCUCAUAAAACUUGCAAACGAAGUUACUUACAAGAGACUAAAAAGAGCGUUGGAGGAUUUAAAGAAAUAUUCUGAUGGUCCUUCUCAACAUUUGAUUGAAGUUUUGUUUGGAGAUACGAAACCACAACAGUUUAAUUUGCAAGAAUUGACUUUUGUCAACCAAAAUUUGAACGAAUGCCAACACAAUGCUGUGAAAUUUGCUUUAUCGCAAAGUGAGCUUGCAAUAAUACAUGGACCUCCUGGAACUGGGAAAACAACCACUGUGGUUGAGGUUAUAGCACAACUUGUAAAAGCAGGCAGAAAGGUGUUAGCUUGUGCUCCCUCCAAUGUAGCUGUCGAUAAUUUGGUUGAAAAGUUGUCCAGCAUUUCAGUUGAUAAAGUCAGUGGUGGUAAGAUGUCCAUUGUAAGACUUGGCCACCCUGCAAGGAUGCUCGAAAAGGAAGUCAAACAACUCUCAUUGGAUGCGUUAGUGUCCAGUAGUGAUGCUGCUGCUAUUGUUAGAGAUGUGAGGUCAGACAUUGAAGCUGUACAGAAAAGUCUAUCAAGGUGUCCUGAUAAAGGGAAGAGAUUUUCACUAAGACAGGAGCGGAAAUUGCUGUUUUCUGAACUCAAGCAGCGUGAAAAUAAAGCCCUUAAUGAAAUCUUGUCAUCAGCUGAUGUCAUACUUGCCACUAAUGUAGGGGCCCAUGCAAAGGGACCACUUCAGCAUUUACCACAUGACUACUUUGAUGAUGUCAUAAUAGACGAAUGUGGUCAAUCGCUCGAAGCAGCUUGUUGGAUAUCUUUACUACGUGCACGACGAUGUAUACUUGCCGGUGAUCAUUUGCAACUCCCACCAACUAUAAUAUCACACAAAGCCGCAGCUAAUGGUUUGGCAACCACAUUGCUUGAACGCAUGAUAAACUUACAGGGUGAUUCAGUUGUGUCUAUGCUAACAGAGCAAUACAGAAUGCACAGAGAUAUUAUGCAUUGGGCUUCUAAGAAAAUGUAUGACGGAAAAUUAACUGCAAACUGUAAAGUACAGUGUCACUUAUUAAGUGAUAUGCCUGGUGUAGAUAACACAGAAGAUACAAGACUACCAUUGUUACUUGUAGAUACUGCUGGCUGUGAAAUGUACGAGUCAGAAUCUGAAGAAAGCAUUUCAAAAGCAAACACAGGAGAAGCAAUGAUAGUAUGUUCACAUGUACAAACCUUGGUAAAAGCUGGGGUUAAGGAAUCAGAUAUUGCUAUAAUAUCUCCGUAUAACUUACAGGUUGAUCUACUGAGACAGUCACUAAAAGAGAAACAUCCUAAUAUUGAAAUUAAAUCAGUUGAUGGAUUUCAGGGGAGAGAAAAAGAAGCAGUUAUUCUCACUCUAGUUCGUUCAAAUUUGGAUAGAGAAAUAGGAUUUCUAUCGGACAAAAGGCGUUUAAAUGUUGCAGUCACAAGAGCACGGCGCCACCUAGCUGUUGUGUGCGAUUCGACGACAGUUUGCAGCGAUAAUUUUAUCAAAUCACUAAUUGAUCAUAUAACCGAACAUGGGGAUAUUCGUACUGGUUUUGAAUACUUGAAUGAUAACGAAAAUUUCCAAGGCUUUGAAAAUCUAAAACCAGUGAAACAAAAGCAGACUGGAAAUAGCAAGAAAAAGGAACAAAAAACGACUAAGCAAGAACCAACUCCACUAACACUGUGGGAAAUUAAGGAAAAAUAUAAGAAAAUCUUACUGCAGCUCCUGGAAUGGCAGAAAACACAGACUGAUCCACCCGAAACUACAUUCUUUGAUUUUUCAAAAGAAACUUUGCAGCAAAUUGUGACUGAAAAUUGCUCUUUGGCUAAAACUAAGAUUUUAGUUGUAAGGAAAGCACAGGAUAGUUUAGAAAUAGCGUUCCCGUCUAUUCUCAACUCAGCUGAGCGUAAAGCAGUGCAUGAAUUAUGUGAAGAAAUGAGUUUGGGCCAUGGAAGUUUAGGUGAGGAUAAGGAUAGGCACGUCGUGGUCAGUUUCCGGAAACAAAAUACCUCAAGUUUGGAAACUGUAACUCCUGCUACUAAUACACUUGAAGCAACUGGCGGGAAAAAACAAAAAGAAUCUUCAAAUACAGAAAAGGUUUUGCCAAUUUCUCAGCCAAAAUCUGUUGUUCCAACGAAAAAAGAUAUUGGUAAAAAAAUCACUCCAGUUUCAACUGACUUACCGAAAGAAGUGCCACACCAGGGUACAUUAAGUAAUGUGCCAUACUCUAUUUGUUCGCAAUGUGGGAAAAAUCUGCCAGAAGAUAAUAUGACAAUGCAUCAAAUACACUGUGAGAGAAUAAUGAGAAUGAAACAAGAAACAAAAAGUUUAAAAAUAGAUCAACAACAAAAAAUUCACCUAAAAUCUGCCAAGUCAAAGAAAAAGAAAAUAUCUAAACAAGCUGCUAAGAAACACAAUACUGAUAUUGGAGAUGAUUUUGACACAUUGUUAAAUGAAGCCAUAUCGUCAAAUAAAGUUUGUUGUCAUGGCAACUGUCAUACCUACGUAACCACUACUGGCCAGCAUUGCCCAAUAUGCAAGAAAACUUUCUGUUUAAAGCAUCAUUUACCAGAAGUUCAUGGUUGUGGCAUGCAGGCACACAUUAAUGCCCGUCGUCAAAUAAGUAGAGAUGGUGUUCUGUAUAACGGUGGGGGGGUGCCGGAUCGAAUCCCUGACCCUACAAAACGGGCUCAACUCAAAAAACGACUAGAUGCAAAAGUAAAAGUCCUUGAGAGUGAUAGGAAAGUGGGAAAGAGUAAAAAAAAUAAAUAAAAUUUGUUGUUUUCCUGUUUUGGUACUACGUGCUUGGUGUAUGCAUUUUCUAGAUCUCGCUUGUGUUGUGUAAUGUGUGUAAGUGCUAAACGCAAUUCGCCAAUCUUUCACGCCUCUUAAUUUUAACAAUUUCACACUAUGCACUCCCUUCUUAGCUUUGCGGGUGUUCAUCUAUCCGGGUGUUCACAUGACAGUUCUACGCGUCUCGCUUUGGCAUUCGUGUAUUUAGGUUUUUGAAUAAAAAACAAGGGAAGCCG